CCUCGAUUCAACCCACGACGAUCACCAAGAUUCCUCGCCCUCCCACCCACGAACCCGACCCCCCCGAUCCCGAAUCUUGCGGCGGCUCCUUCUCCCGAAUAUGAGAUAACAUACCACACCAACACCAUCGCCCAACCAACCCUCCGCGCGCACAAUCGCCCAUCAUGUCGGUCAGCUCGGGUCAAUCGCUCCAGCUGGCCGACUACCUGGAGAAGCUGCCGGGCACGACGUUCAGGAAACUCUACCUGCAGCCCUCGACGGCCUUUGCCAUCUUCCGAAGAAUGAUUCCGCCGUUGGCAAAAACCAUUGUCAUGGCCAUUCUCUACAUGCCGAAGCCCAUGUUAUUGGAAGAUUUGGACGUCUGGGUCAAGCCGGAGUCGCGAAGGCAGAAAGACCAGGCCAUCUCGACGCUCCGCAGCCUCCACAUCCUCCAGAUCACGGUCCCUUCGAAGGAACGCCCCCAGGAGAUGCAGCUCACGACGAACUUCAAGAGCUCGCUGCGCCUCGCCCUCGAGGGCGGCGGCACUCACAACUCGUUCGGCGUGCCCUCUUCCCUCCCCGUCCCGCCCGAGAUCACGGUCCCCUUCCUCGACCGUUACGCCCGCCGCAAGUGGGAGGAUAUCCUGCACUACAUCGUCAACACGGUUAACCCCGGCGGCGCCGACCUGGGCGGACCUAAGUCGUCCGUUAAGAACCUGCUCGUCGCCGGCCAGCUCGUCCGCCGCCAGGGGUCCGCCGUCGGCAUCACCCAAGCCGGCUUUACCUUCCUCUUGCAGGAGGCUAACGCCCAGGUCUGGACCCUGCUGCUGCUGUGGCUCGAGGCCACCGACCACGCUGAGGACGCCGCCGGAAUGGAGAGCACCGAUAUGCUGAGCUUCCUCUUCCUCCUCGCCAGCCUUGAGCUCGGCAGGGCCUACGACACAAACGCCCUUACCGAGGCGCGCCGCAACAUGCUGCCCAGCCUGCUCGACUUUGGCUUGAUCUAUAUCCCCUCACAUAAGCCCCAGCAGUAUUUCCCGACCCGCCUCGCGACGACCCUCACGAGCAGCUCCAGCGCCCUUCGCAGCGCCGGCGCCGGCUUCUCCGCCGCUCUCGCCGCUGCAACCGGCCCGCGGCCCCCUCCCUCCAACGGCCUCACGCCGGGCGGCAGCGAGGAGGGCAAGGGCGGCGGCAGCAUCAUCGUCGAGACGAACUACAGAGUAUACGCCUACGGCCAGACUCCCUUGCAGAUCGCCGUGCUCUCGCUCUUCUGCAAGCUCAAGCUGCGCUUCGCCGACAUGGUGUCGGGCCGGCUGACGCGCAACUCGAUCCGCAACGCCGUCGAGCGCGGCAUCACGGCCGACCAGAUAAUCUCGUACCUCGCUGCGCACGCGCACGAGCAGAUGCACCGCAUGGCCGCUGUGCGCAGCAGGCCCGUGUUGCCGCCCACCGUCGUCGACCAGAUCCGGCUGUGGCAGCUCGAGACGGAGCGCAUGACGACGACGAGCGGCUUCCUUUUCCGCGACUUUGACAGCCCCAAGGAGUAUGAGGACAUCGCCGGCUACGCCGCUGAGAUCGGCGUGCUCGUGUGGCGCAACGACAAGCUCGGCAUGUUCUUUGCGAGCAAGCACGAGCAGAUUAGGGACUAUCUCAAGCUGAGGAAGAAGGCUGAGGACUAGAUGUGUGUGUGUGUGUGAGAGAGAGAGAGAAAGAGAGAGCAAUGGUGCUUAGGUUUUGGGGGGCAGCCUCUGGCAACAGAUUGAGGGGACAGACAUUGCGAGGACAGACAUAGAAGUGCAGGGGGGAGGGGAGCGAGGUGCCGAUAUAACACCACAUGGUCACUUAAAUGCAUUAGCAGGCGUUGGGGACGGAGACGGUCAUGGUUCGGUGUAGAAAGUCAAAUGGGUAUUUGGUCAUCCUAACAGCCAAGUUUUUCUUCAUCUCUCUCUCUCGUAACCGCUAUCUAAACAUAAGCACGAAUAACUUCUUAUUUCGUAC